CUUUUAUUCUCAAACUAAAAACCAAACAAUGAUGCACCAAACACAAAUUCACACGCAAUUAUCACAAUUCUCAAAGUAGAAAACCUAACUCAUCUAAUUGAAUCUAAGCCACGUGAUUGUGAAGGAUGCAUAUGUAAUGUAUAUACCUUUUUUUUUGUUUGUUUGUCUGUCAGAUUCUGGAAUUUGAGUAAACACACAAAAAAGUCAACCAUUGCAGCAGAGUCUUUUGGUCCAGAGAAGCAAAGAAGAGGAAGAAAAAGAAGAAGAAGAAGAAAAUGGCAGGAGGGUCGUUUGGUCCGACCGGUGUGGCUAAGGAGAGAGCAGAACAAUACCAAGGAAACGUCACUAGUUAUGUCAUAAUCGCUUGCCUUGUUGCAGCCAUUGGUGGAUCUAUCUUUGGAUAUGACAUCGGAGUCUCAGGAGGAGUUACGUCCAUGGAUGAGUUUCUUGACGAGUUUUUCCAUGCGGUUUAUGAGAAGAAGAAGCAUGCUCAUGAAAGUAAUUACUGCAAAUAUGAUAAUCAAGGGUUAGCUGCUUUCACUUCUUCGCUCUACUUGGCUGGUUUGGUUUCAACUCUGGUGGCAUCACCCAUCACUAGGAACUAUGGGAGGCGUGCGAGUAUUGUCUGUGGUGGAAUCAGCUUUCUUGUUGGAGCUGGUUUGAAUGCUGGAGCUGUGAACCUAGCUAUGCUUCUUGCUGGACGGAUCAUGCUCGGUGUUGGCAUUGGAUUUGGAAAUCAGGCAGUUCCAUUGUAUUUAUCAGAAGUGGCACCUACUCAUCUCCGAGGUGGUUUAAACAUGAUGUUUCAGUUAGCUACAACUCUUGGGAUCUUUACUGCGAAUAUGGUCAAUUUCGGUACUCAAAAGCUUAAACCUUGGGGAUGGAGACUCUCUCUUGGUUUAGCUGCUUUUCCGGCUCUGCUUAUGACGCUUGGCGGCUAUUUCUUACCAGAGACCCCCAACAGUUUGGUCGAAAGAGGAUUGACAGAGAGAGGUCGACGUGUACUGGAGAAACUAAGAGGAACCAAAAACGUCGAUGCUGAGCUUCAAGACAUGGUAGAUGCGAGUGAGCUAGCGAAUUCCAUCAAACAUCCUUUCAGAAACAUCCUGCAGAAACGACACAGACCUCAGCUAGUCAUGGCUAUUUGCAUGCCUAUGUUUCAAAUCCUCACUGGCAUAAACUCCAUUCUCUUCUACGCGCCUGUUCUGUUCCAGACAAUGGGAUUUGGCGGCAACGCAUCUCUCUACUCAUCAGCUUUAACAGGAGCUGUUCUUGUUCUCUCAACAUUGAUUUCCAUAGGAUUAGUGGACAAACUGGGACGAAGAGCUCUUCUCAUCAGUGGAGGAAUACAAAUGAUAAUAUGUCAAGUCAUAGUAGCAGUGAUCUUGGGAGUGAAGUUUGGAGACAAGCAAGAGCUAUCAAAAGGGUACUCAGUCAUCGUAGUCAUCUUCAUCUGCCUCUUUGUUGUAGCAUUCGGAUGGUCAUGGGGUCCUCUCGGCUGGACCAUACCAAGCGAAAUCUUUCCAUUAGAGACACGUUCAGCGGGACAGAGCAUCACGGUUGCUGUAAACCUCCUCUUCACUUUCAUCAUAGCUCAAGCUUUCCUCGCUCUCCUAUGUGCAUUCAAGUUUGGAAUCUUCCUCUUCUUUGCUGGUUGGGUCACUGUAAUGACCAUCUUUGUCUAUUUCCUGUUACCUGAAACCAAAGGAGUGCCGAUUGAAGAGAUGACUCUCUUAUGGAGUAAACAUUGGUUCUGGAAAAAAAUAUUACCUGCAACAAAUCUUGAAGCUGAUAACAACAAUGACACAAACAGUUCUGCUUGAAACAAAUUUGAUUCUGUUUGUAUGUGAAGAAGAAAGAUUAGUUUUUUUUUUGUUUGUCUUCUAUUAAACUAAAAAGGUUUUAUUGCAUGAAAGAGAUGUGAUUAUGACAA